AUGGCCGAAGAAACCCAACCAAGAGGGGAAGGCAAGGUCACUGCUGAGCUGAAAGGGUCUACACCGGACCAAGUGUGGCCAUUCUUGUCGGACCUUUGCAACAUCCACAAGUGGCUUCCCACACUUGACACGUGCCACCUAGUCGAGGGCGUCCCGGGCCAGCCCGGCCUAGUCCGGUGUGUCGCCUCCACCACAAAUGGCAAUGACUCAGACCCGCUGAAGCUCAAGUGGGUCAAUGAGCGUCUCCUCAUGAUGGACCCCAGUGAGAAGUGCUUCAGCUAUGAGGUCUUGGACAACAAUGUUGGGAUCAAGUCCUGUGUUGCCACAAUUAGAGUGAUGCCCAUGAAUGAUGGGGAUGGUAAGAUGGUUGGGUGCAUGAUUGAAUGGUCCUUUGUGUCUGAUCCAGUUGAGGGUUCGGGGCUCCAAGAUAUGAGGUCUUUCCUUGAUUUUCGCCUCCAAGCUGUGGCCAAGAACAUAGGAAGUGCAAUCCAAGAAGCUAGUGGGUGA